AUGCCCGUCAUCGAGAGUACCCGGGCUGCAACACGAUGGACCACCCGCAUAAUCCCGUUCGUUCUCGCUGCCGCUGUUGGAGUUGCGACCUAUGCCGUCGUCGUUCGUGUCUGCUCCAGCUACCUCAUCGACACCCACCGGCGAUAUGGCGCCGCGAUAGUCAUCCUCGUUCUUUAUCUCCUCUUCUUUCUUUUGAUGGUCACUACCUAUGCGAGAACCAUUGCCGUUGCCAAUACCGACCCCGGCCUCGUCCCGCUCGGUCCGCUAGCUGUCGAACGCAAUAGUCGCGAACGCAAACGAACCAAGACAGGUGCCCAGCAGGAUCUGGAGAGUCAGGCUUACUAUGCUGGACCAGAUCUCAAUCCUGACAGCCCGGGCUUGGAGCAGUUCUAUGCGAGAGAGGUAUUCGUUUGCGACAGCGACGGCCGGCCUAAAUGGUGCUCUACAUGCUGCAAUUGGAAGGCAGACCGUGUCCACCACAGCAGCGAGCUUGGACGGUGCGUCUAUCGUAUGGAUCAUUAUUGCCCAUGGGUAGGGGGUAUGAUUGGAGAAAAUUCCUUCAAGUUCUUCACCCAGUUUACUACGUAUACUGCUUGUUAUUGCGCUGUCGUGCUCGGAGCAACGGCCUUCACCCUUCGCAAGAAGAUUGAAGAGGGCUCUGGCUUGGACCCCUGGGUACUUGCUGCGCUCGUACUGGCCGCAUUCUUUGGGCUGUUUACCUUCUUGAUGACUGUGACUUCCCUGCGAUACAUAAUCCUCAACAUGACGAAUGUCGAUAUGCUAGGAGCUCAUUCGAAGGUCUAUCAGUUGGCUGUUCAAGUGCCCCGCGGGACGAGGUCUUCAGAUAAAUUCAUCGUGGUGACUUAUCCGCUCCCAAAGCCAGGCCAGGAAACGAACGGCUAUUCCAGCAGAACUCCAACGCUCGAGGGAGCUUAUGGAAAAACAAAUGGCUCGCGUCCGACUACCCGCGAUGAUCUAGCGACACGGACAUUCGCGAUUCUCAAAACAGAGCCUGGGGAGAAUCCGUGGCACCUGAGUACGUGGAAGAACUGGCAGACGAUUAUGGGAUCGAAUCCACUGGAUUGGCUACUACCUAUUCGAAAAUCGCCUUGUGUCAACCACGAGACGCAAGAAAGCUUCUACCCGAUGGGCAAUGCGCUGAAAGAUGUCCGCGUCCGAUACGGUCUUCCCCGCGACCCAGUUGAUCACAGUAAUGGGUUUGAGCUGAAGGAUCUCCCUUCCAGCAACAGGACCUGA